AUACUCCUACCAAAACACUCCACACCAUCACCAUCAACCCCACGACAACCUUCUCCAACGUUCUUCCCGUACCUUAAAUACGCCCACCUCACAUCGGACCACAACCUAAACUACAAACCAACCAACCUCCCAGAGAUCAAGAUGCGCUCCAAGUUCAAGGACGAGCACGAGUUUGCCAAACGCAAGGCUGAGGCGGAGCGUAUCCGCGCAAAGUACAACGACCGGAUUCCAGUCAUCUGCGAGAAGGUCGAGAAGUCGGAGAUCGCAACCAUCGACAAGAAGAAGUACCUCGUCCCGGCGGACCUGACAGUCGGCCAGUUCGUGUACGUCAUCCGCAAGCGUAUCAAGCUGUCCCCAGAGAAGGCCAUUUUCAUCUUCGUCGACGAGGUCUUGCCACCGACCGCUGCCUUAAUGUCGAGCAUCUACGAGGAGCACAAAGAUGAGGACGGCUUCCUUUACAUCACGUACUCGGGAGAGAACACCUUCGGAUUCGAGGAGCUAGCUUAACCAGUCGGCAUCAACUCUCUUUAACGACCCUCCUUUCGACAGGCAUCGACGACACCACCCCCAACUUUCCCACACACCGGCGUUUGGGCUCCUAUUUUCUCCCGCGGUUUCGACAUUUGCGAGAGUGGACAGUUUUUAUUGGGGGGUUAUGGCAGCAGCGGGGGCUUGUGAUAACGUUUUUUUAUUAUUUCGUAAACGGAGACGACGAUGAUGACGGCCAAGGCGGCUACAGCUCUCGGCAGGCCAGGCAGAGCAACGGGUUGUGCGGCUUGUAGAGUCGCAUGGCGCUGGUGCGCCAAAGGAUGGAUGACGGUUCAACUAACUGGCUUUGCUCGAUGAUUCUGUGAGACUGCAUGUGGAAGACUGGGGGGGAUAGGGUCUUUAUACAAGAGUCGAUUUCCUGCGUGUCUAUUGCGUCUUGAGAUUGUAGUGGUUUUCUAUCGUGGUUUCAUAAUGGGAAUCCUAGAA